CACAGCUUUUAUUUUAUUGUGUGCCAACGUCAUGCUGGACGUCAAGCAAGCCUGAGGUAUGUGGCGUGCGACUCGGGGGUACAUGGCAUCCUACUGAUACUCUUGUCCUUUGCGCCACCAGCACUACUUUCAUAUGGCUCGCCCGACACCACAAGGUGCGUUUCUUCCAUAUAGUAUUCUCUAUUUUCCAGGCAACUAACGUUGUCUUGAUUUCCAUGUCUGCCAAGAGCGAGGCCACCAGACACCACACGUAUGUCAUGCUCUCGUCGCCUUCUCACCACAGCCCACUAACCGGCGUCGACCACGCCCAGUUUUUGACGGCAAACUCCAGCGCGCACCAAGGUUCACAAUUUAAGGAUGCCAAGAACAGACAACAAGAUGAUGCAACACAGCUGCUGCCCUUCAAGGGCGUCGCUCGCGGCGUGGACGGCGCAGUGGAUGGGACCUGGGUCCUCCUGAUCCUCGUCAAGCUGCGUCUGAUGGCCACAUUCGCAGGGGCUCUCAGGAGUCUGACACCUCUCCGCCCUGUUUGCCUCCUCAGCAUCUCCUUGGUCGGUUGCACUGGCCCGCACCAUGGCUUAGGCACCCCGGCCCACGUCAACUCAACACUCUCGCUGCUUCGUAAGCCCGGGCGCGAGAUGAGAGGGUACGUUCCACUUUUAUCUUCUGGCCCGCACCUGACAUCACGCCAUCUCCAGGGCAUCGGUGGUCGCUGUCAUCCACGGUCGGGACCUAGUGGAUGGCUUGGGACGUGGAAUGUGGGCCCUGCUCUUGAAGCCGAGGACACCCGCCGGGUAGCUCAGUCUCCCGGUUGGGUCGAGGUUGCAGGUGUUGCUAACAUUCCAUCCCUUUCGCCCCUCAGUGCCCGCCAGGUCCGGAGUGGCGUCGUCACAAAUAAGUCUGCUUCCUCGGCGUCAAGAGCUGAUGUCGUCAGCGCGAGUAAGCCCACCCCGGUUGAAUACAAAAAGAUGGCCACUUGCCGACUCAAGACACAAUCUGGACAAGAGGAGAGAGAAUUAUCGCUACCCAGGUCAUGGGGAAAGGUGAGUACUUCCCUUUACUGAUGUUUUUGGUUGUCGUCGAGACUGUUAGCAUCAGCUCGAGACGCCAUUCGAUGCCAUUGAAUAAGCUCGUCAUUCACUGUCAUCGCAUGGAGUCUCGAUGAGCUGAUUUGACGUUCGACGGUUUUUUUCCUCUGAAGGGUUUACGCAGCUC